CGAGAAGAUCGAAUCAGCCGACUGAUUGACGUUACAGCAGGUUCCGAUGGCGGAGACCGAUGCUAUAUUCGGCGGUGACGACUUGCCGAGGUCAUCUCGAUUCGACUCCUUCAUCCUUGGAGGCGAGCAAUUAUGGAGUGCAGAAUCUAAACAGGAGAAGAUGAUCAACUAUGCUAUGCUUAUAGCGUUCUGCGUGUGCGCAGCGCUUCUUGGAACAUGUGCAUGGUUAGGCGGUCACCUGUUCCGAAAUCUGCUACUGGCGCUGCCACUGGUAGGAUCUACCGUCAGUCAUAUUAUAUUGCUCAAAUGGUACAGAAUGGGUGAGCUGGAUCCCCAGGUCAAACAAGUACUGGUAAUUGAGGCAGUGCUAUUUCUGGUCAUCACUUUGGCGUCACUACUGAUGUUCUUCACACACGAUGAUUGCCAUGUCUGGCCGGACUGUCGCCUACAGCCAGGAUCCGAAUGUCUGGACAUGCGCACUAUGAACUGCGUCCCAUGUGCCAGUGCUCGGUAGUGACUUGUGGCGGCUACGCCUUCCA